CAAUAGGCGGUGCAGCAACAGGUUAUUUGAACUCUCCUCACACAGCUCGGCUUAACCAGACUACAUCAUCUGAGUUUUCAAACAUUAUUCUCUCUUAAGAAAGUCUGUCAUCGUCCGUUACCGUGGGUACCCAACAAGAAGAGCAAGGGACACCUUUUAACCCCUUUUUUUUUAACUUGUACGUCGAGUCUCUUAAGAAUGGGAAUCUACUACUCGCAUUUACAUCUGGGACUUUACUAAUGCACCUGUUGACUGAGGGAAAUUCUACGUGUUUAAGAAUGAACAAAGUUGCCGUGAUGAAGUCUGAUACUCUGCUUCAUUUGGACGACUGCAGGAGAGCAGACGAGAGGAGCAGACUGAACUUUGCAGACUUACCUCAGACGAGUUUAACAGACGGACACAACACAGACCUGUUGCGAUGCCAGGAGACCUCGGAAAACAGCUCCGCCGUGAAGUACAGAAGAUACGGGUCUCGCCUGACGGGUGUCAAAGUUCGUCACAAGAGACAGGUGCUGCAGGACAUGGCCCGGCCACUGAAGCACUGGCUGUACAAACACCGGGACAACCCCUACCCCACCAAGACUGAGAAGGUCCUGCUGGCCCUGGGCUCGCACAUGACGCUAGUGCAGGUUUCCAACUGGUUCGCGAAUGCCAGGCGAAGGCUGAAGAACACAGUGAGGCAACCAGACCUGAGCUGGGCCCUGAGGAUCAAGCUGUACAACAAAUACAUCCAGGGAAACGCUGAGAGGCUGAGCGUGUGCAGUGAUGACGCCGACUCAGAUGACGAGGAGUGUCCCUCUCAGACACAUGUCAGCCAGUCAAACUUUGGCAGGUCGUCCUCCCUCAAGAAACAGGGCAGUGUCCUCGCCAUGGCCGACUGCGCCAACAGUGACGACAGUGCCUCCCCUCCGUCCAAGUACAAGAGCAGCUUGCUGAAUCGCUACCUGAACGACACCCUCCGGCACAUGAUGGCGGCAAAGGCCGAUGGCGUUGCCCCCGCCUGCAAGAGGAGGAGCCACUCCGAGUCGUUCAGCUCCAACGAAUGCGAUCGAGAUGCAGUUUCUCCGGCAUCGUCCUAUGAAACUGAGGCCAACUUUGUCUACCGCAUGGAUACGGUGGACUACACUUCGACGAAAUGUGACAGGGGCCGACAGCAGAUCCGAGGUCCGCAGAGGCGAGACGUCCAGGGCUGGAGGGAGAUCCACGCCGCUGUGGCUCUGACCAACUUGGCCCAGGGGCAGAGCUGCGCCUCAGGGCAGAGCAGUGCAACGGUGCCCGGUGGUGCCACAGGGCAGAGCUGCCCCAGAGAGCCCUUCUCCGUAAUGAGGGCCGCGUAUACAGACAGUGUGUGUGCUGCAGGCCUGCGGCCGAGCUGCGCCACGGGGCCCGCUCUGACUAGCCGCAUUAUCCAGAAAUCCUCGCAUAUCUCUGAGGUCCAGACUGUCAAAGUCGCCCUGGCAAACAGCGUGUAGGCAUUAAACACAUUGUUCCAUAUAGGAAUACCAGAUGCCUAAGUGCCUCGUAAUAUACACCAUGUACAGCCUCCAAGACCAUUGUUUUUUUUUUAAUGUCGAUAAACUUAAACGUUGUCCAUCUUUUUUUUUUUUUUUUUUACUUUGUAAAAUGGAAACACUAACCUAACACAGUUGAAAAUUGUCUGCUAUUUUUUCGAAUGUUUUCCUAUUGCUCUCUGAUGCAGUAAGUUAUAUUAACUUCCAAGAGACUGGAUCGUCAUCCAAUGCUAAAAUCUGACAGCAGCUAUUUGAAUAAAACCCAAUGUGAAACCUUGUGACCAGCCAUUGCUUUAAAUCACUGCUCUGCCGCGGCCUAGACUGCAUUUAGUGGUAGUUUUCAUGUGUGCAGACGUAGGUCAUGCAGUUUCAUUAGAUCCUUUUCAAAUGGCAUUUUAAAAGGUUGUAAUGCGGGCAGAAGCGUGGCGUGUUGAACCGAGCGCAAAGAUUAUAGGAAGCGUCAGCCAGUUAAAGGAUUCAGUGACAGUUCAACGUGAGCGGUUUUUUAAUAUUUUACCCGACCACAUCCCAGUUUCCUGAUACAAAUUUAAAGCAGCUAUAAUAAAAACUUCCAUAAUGACAAUGGAUGAAAUAACUGUAUGUAAUGUGAGUGAAGUAGUUGCAAUUGCAGUGAACCAACAGAUACUAAUCUAACAUCUUGGAGGCUGCCCCGUGCUUUUUGGCACUUCAAAGUACUCUUUAACUCACUGUUUUUGUCUUUAUGGUGCGCAGCUUUAACAAUGUUAUUCAGUUUCACCACUCUCAUGGUGUUGUUUUUGACCACAAGGUGCUGUUUCUUAUUCCAAAAUAAAGCAGCCCUGUUUUUGCUAUGAGAGCCAGCUUGGUGGAGACCCAAAGUGAGCUAGAAGGAGAGUGACCGUCGCUGCCUUCCAGAUGGACCUCGUGAGCGUGUGUGUGUGUGUGUCAACAUCAGCUGCAAGAGGUGACAACAUCGCUGCCAGGCAACGGUGGGCGUACAGAUGCCGCAGAGGCUAACAGUUCAGCUUAGCAUGCCAACGAGUAACUUAACACGGGAAAUGCAGGGGCAUGAUGGGAGGAUGAGGCUGUGGGAAAUGUCACCAGUUUCCUUGUAUUUAAAGUAUUAAAAUAUUGCAAAGAACACUCUAUAUGACUAAAUUAUAAUAUAUUAACACACUAUCCACUCCCAAGAUGUGAAUACAAUGGACGGGGCCCUUAAGGCACAUUUGAAAACCAUAAACACAACCACAUUUGAAGACAGCAUCAUACAUAUAUUUAACAACCAGCAGAAAAAAAUGACCAAGCCCUGGUUUGGUCUGUUUUCUUGUUUUAUUUUUUUAAUUAUUUAAUUUUUUUUGUGCGCAGAGAAUAUUUUCAGUCUUGCGUGUACAACAGGCUAGUCAUUAACCAAGUAUUUCGGAAAGAUCGCGUCACCAACUGCAGACCUGCUUUUGAUUAGGUCGGCUUUUUACGUGACAGCUCUCAAAUGACAAUCUGACUCCGUGAUCUUGAGGUUGUCAUUUAUUUCAGUUUGAAACAAUUCAAACAUGAAUUGACCAUUACUCUGGCAAAUGUCUUUUCGAUAUUAAGGCAGAUAUCAGAUUAACAUAUUAUUGUGUAUGGAUGAAACAUACGCACAGCAAAAAGCAACA